AUGUCGGAGGACCUGACUUCCCAACCGUGGUCCAUCAACAAAGAUGACUACGAGCUACACGAGGUGAUUGGGAGCGGGGCCACAGCUGUGGUUCAAGCCGCCUACUGCACAACGCGCAAGGAGAAAGUGGCCAUCAAGCGUAUCAACCUAGAAAAGUGCCAGACCAGUAUGGAUGAACUGUUGAAAGAGAUCCAGGCAAUGAGCCAGUGCCAUCACCCCAACAUUGUGUCUUACUACACCUCAUUCGUGGUGAAGGAUGAACUGUGGCUAGUCAUGAAGCUGCUAAGUGGUGGCUCAGUGCUGGAUGUGAUCAAGCACAUCAUCUCGCGAGGCGAGCACAAAACUGGUGUCCUGGACCAGGCCAGUAUAGCCACUGUCUUAAAAGAUGUGCUUGAGGGACUCGAGUACCUGCACAAAAACGGACAGAUACACAGAGAUCUCAAAGCUGGGAACAUUCUUCUCGGGGAAGACGGUUCCGUGCAAAUCGCAGAUUUUGGCGUGAGUGCCUUCCUAGCCACAGGCGGCGACAUGACACGAAAUAAAGUGCGCAAGACUUUCGUCGGAACGCCGUGUUGGAUGGCGCCCGAAGUCAUGGAGCAGGUCAAAGGCUACGAUUUCAAAGCGGACAUCUGGAGUUUCGGCAUCACGGCUAUCGAGUUGGCCACCGGGGCGGCGCCGUAUCACAAAUACCCUCCCAUGAAGGUGCUGAUGUUGACGCUGCAAAAUGACCCGCCGGGCCUAGAAACCGGCGUCACCGACAAGGAGAUGGUAAAAAAGUAUGGCAAGUCCUUCAGGAAAAUGAUCUCCAUGUGUCUACAGAAAGAUCCUGAAAAAAGGCCAACGUCGUCGGAGUUGCUGAAGAAUAAAUUCUUCCAGAAAGCAAAGACCCACGACUAUCUCCUUGAUAAGCUUCUACAGAGGGCUCCUACAAUAUCAGAGAGGUCCAAAAAGGUACGUCGCGUCCCGGGUUCCAGCGGCCGUCUGCACAAAACGGAAGACGGCGAAUGGGAGUGGAGCGACGAUGAGCUAGACGAAGAGAGUGAAGAAGGCAAAGCGGCCGUGGCCGCCUUGAGGUCACCGAGAGUGAAGGAAGCGGCGCAAAACUCGGAGAUAUUUCAGACGCCUGAGCCUUCCAGCGUAGCGCCUUCCGCUACUGCUAGCGAAGCAGAACCGGCACCCACUGCCCCUAACCCUGCGCCACAGUCAACAGGCGGAGGAACCACCACCGCUACUGUUCCAACACCGGUCACUCCAGCGUCAAGCAACGAGACGUCGCCCAUAAGUUUGGUGUUACGGUUAAGAAAUACGAAAAAGGAGCUAAACGAUAUCCGCUUUGAGUUCAUGCCAGGCAGAGACACAGCAGACGGCGUGUCGCAGGAGUUGGUGUCAGCAGGGCUGGUGGAUGGGAGAGAUUUAGUCAUAGUUGCUGCAAAUUUGCAGAAAAUAGUUGAUGAGCCUCAAACCAACAAGAAUGUCACUUUUAAACUGGCUUCUGGAAUGGAAGGAUCAGAAAUACCAGAUGACGUCAAAUUGAUGGGCUUUGCGCAGCUCACCAUUAGCUAA